AUGGCGCUAUCUUCUACUCACAUCGUCCUUCUCUGUGCCAUUGGCAUCAUUCUCCUGGCGAGACCGGCUCAUGCCUUUGGCGCAGGUAAUAUUGGAUCCACCUCCAAGAUCGAGGGGCAGAAUUGGCGACAUGGUGACCUUGAAGACACCUUACUGACCAUUGUCGCUUCUCGUGCUAUGGGAGGCAAGAAAUUCAGUAAACUCGACGUCAAGAGAGUCUAUUUCGGUAACUGGCUGCGGGACUACAGUCAGGCUGUUGAUGUUGGCACUGUCAAGUAUGUCAGCGCAGAGGCCAUCCGAAUUUUGCUCUGGGUCCUUGGGUUCAUGUCUUUUGGAUAUGGCUCUGGAGAAUUCGAAGUCACAACACAGAGACUCGGCUGCUACAGACCAGAGGAGCACAUCGACAACCCCAAGGACUAUGCAGACAAUCAAGACGCUAGACAGUACGAUCGUCGCCUCCGUGGCCCGGUUGAUGAACGCCGAGAACUAUCCAUAAAUCCCAAUACCGGGCUCAAGAACUACAUCGCGUCUGAAGGUAUGGGCAUUGACACGUCCGCUGGACUGGUGCGGAAGCUCUUCGGCCGCAGCAUUGAACUCGGUCGGCAGUAUGCUCGGAAUAAGAACAAGAAGGACCUCUACGAGGCGCUUCGCUUGCUAGGCACUGCAAGCCACUGCUUGGAAGACUAUGCUGCACACUCCAACUACGUCGAACUCGCUCUCAUCGAAUUAGGUGAACGUGAUGUAUUUCCCCAUGUUGGCCGCCGCACCGCAAUCCAGCUCCGUGAGGUCCGACAUCCCGUCUUCCCUAUUGUUACUGGCACUUUCGGUGGUGUUGACUUCCUGCACUCGGUCUGCGGCGAGUUCGACGACAAGGCAACGCAAUCUGAAAUCGAAGAACUCGACAAUACCCUACAGCAAUAUCAAAAUGGAAACCAAGACAACAGUAUCCUCCAAGACCUCCUCGAUAAGGUCCCCUCUGGAGUCUUCGGCGGCAAAGACGAGUCAGGAAAAGCCAACGAGCUAAAGCAAAAUGCUUUGAAUCAUCAAAUGCAAAACACCAACAUCAGCCCACGUCAACCAGAGGAGUGGACUCGCUACAUUGACGAUGUGCAGAAGCAGAUCUAUCCCAUUAUCGAGUUUCACGAUGAGAUCAUGCAGUCAAUCACUGAAACCAUCGAGAAAAUCCCCAUCCUGCCUGACCUUAUUGAAAACAUCCAGGAGGAAGUUAACAAAUUUGUCUUCUCGCUUCUCGCACCUUAUGUCGUUCCGAUCAUCAACCAGGUCAAGAACGAGCUCAACACUGGCUCGAAUGAGAUCAUCCAGUCCAGCGUGGCUCAACAACAUAUUGUGUUCAAUGAUGACCACUCCUCUGAUCCUACGCAUUCUAUGCUGUCAAAGGACCAUUUCUCGAAUGUGCUCAACGAGCCCGCAGGGAAAGUCGCGCGACAGACAGUGAAAUGGGUUGUUCCACAGAUCGUCGCAUGUUGGGACGAUGACUCUAUUGAUGUCGAACGUGCACUCAAUCGCAUCAUUCAUGGUGUUCUACACCACCCAGCCCUCCGUGACUACGGCCAAGACGGUGCCAGCGAUGGUCGUCGCCUGAUGUUCGGCGUGGUCGAAGAAUGGUGGCGCGGGAAAUCCGAGCGCGAGAAAGACGGUCUCCGUGAACAACUCAGCCGCCGUGGGGUCGAGUCCGGGAGAAACCACAAGCCAGGGGUUAAGGACCAUGGCCAUGGUAGCAAUCGUCCUCUUGGCAUGACAAAGCUGAAUUACAAUACGAACCAGUCGUCAAGUGGCGGUGGCAUUGCAGGCGACGCGCUCGGUGCCAUCGGCUCGGCCCUAGGAGGCAACAACCAGGGCAAUCAGCGACCGCAAAACGUCCAGAGAAUCAGCGACCAAGCUGGCAGAAUGGCUGGCGAAGCACUUGGCGGUGGUGUCCUGGGCUCUCUCGUGGGCGGCAUUGCUUCUCAAGUCGGCAGUGAUAUUCUCGGCGGUGGUCUUAAUCAAGGCCAGGAGACCUUUAAGCGAGAGUCUUAUAACCGCCAAGAUCAAUCCCGUACCGAAACUGUCACGCAAGUUGGACACUCCCAGAGUGGCGAUAGGUACGGUCAAGCGCAGUACUCGCGGACCUAUGGUGACAGCGGAGAGCGCCGGCACGAGGAAUACAAUCGCUUUGAACAGCGCGAGACAUCAAGUGGUGGUUGGCAGAGCGAGGUGCAUCGUCAAGAGAGAACUGGGGAGGGAAGGUAUCAUGAAGAGACAAGACGCUAUGGCGAUGAUGACGAUGACAACUCGCAGCGACGCCGUCAGGAACACCACCAAGGGCGCCGCCAUAAUGAUGAUGAUGAUGAUGAUGACGACAAUCGCCGUCGCCAUAACCGUGACGAGGAGUCUUACUCUGCAGGCGGCUACGGCGGCAGUGGUAGACGCCAGCAGACGGAAAGCUCCAGCUACGGCGGAGUCUCAGAGGGGUAUGGUAACCAGCAACGCCGCGAGCAGUACGGACAACGCGACGACGGCGACAGUAACCGAUUCAGUGGCGGAGAGCGACGACGAAACGACAACGACAAUGAAUACAGCUCCGGCUAUGGACGUCAACAAGAAGGCGGCUUCGGCUCCGGAGGCUACGGUAGUCGCCGCGAAGAACCACAGUCCGGUUUCGGGUUCGGUGGCGGUCGUCAAGAGGAAACAAGUUAUGGCUCGGGCGGCUACGGCAGCGGACAACGUCAAGAAGAGGAAUCGUCCGGCUAUGGUGGCAGUUCAGGUUAUGGUCGCCGGGAGGAGACAAGCUAUGGAUCCCGUCAAGAAGAGGCCUACAGUGUCCCUGGAGCUUUCGGCAGUUCCCAGCAAGACGAGUACUCCUCUGGCGGUGGUCGAGAUGAGUAUGGCCGAAGCCAGCAGCGGUAUGGUGGUGGAGACGAGUAUGGAUCUCGUGGCGAGGAGACCGAAGGGUAUGGCGGUCGACGACGGCGGUAUGGUGAGGAUGGAGGCGAAGGUGAGGGAUAUGGCGGCGGAUAUGGAAGCUCUCGGUACUGA